AAUGCGAAAAAGAGUUGAUAAAUUUAUUCAAAUGCAAAAACAUAUUGAUUUAAAAAGAGAAAAUAAAGUGUAGAGUAUUUUAAAAAGAAUGCAAUUACGAAUUUGUCACAAAAUUAAGAUAAGCAGUCAGAAGUCUAAGAUUAGAAGAUUACUCUAAUAGUGCAAUAGCUGCAUCUACAGGUCUGACUCCAUGAUAAGUCCAAUAUCUCGAGUUGAACUAAAAUUUACAAUAAGAUAGUAAGAAUUACUUCAACCUUAAUGCAAUUCAUGUAAACUGUGUUAAAAAUUAUAUAAGAAGCCAUACAUCAAAUGAACUUUAGAAAUCAAUUGAUCUAUUCCAAACCUUUAUUUAAGAAUUUCAAUUAGCUCCUCAAGCAAUGAGUUU